CAACUCGAUAGAACAAAGUAUCGAAACAUUCGCAAUGUCUCGCGCUACUUUCAUAUUGCUCGUAGUAGUUGGAGUGUUUCUCAGCACAACUGCUGCUCAACACCAAUGCCCAGAAAAUCAGGAAUGGACGGAUUGCGGAUCAGCAUGUCCACCAUCGUGCAACUCAGACCCUCAUCGAGCCUGCACUAUGCAAUGCGUUAUAGGAUGUCAAUGCAAACCAGGAUUGCUGCUCAGUAAUGGAGGAGAUUGCGUGUCCCCUACACAGUGUUAAAAAUUAAUCGAUAUAUAUAUAUAUAGAUC